UUUUACAACACUGCUGCAGGCUAUCGAAAUUUAGUUAUCGAACUACGGAAAAAAAAUUAAAAUAAAUAAGAAAAUGGGCCCAGAACUACCUUCUGAUCCUGGUCAUGAGAUAUUUCCAACGCCAGCAGUGGACCAUCCGCGUGUUGGUAUCGAGAGCGAGGAUAGCGAUGACUCAGAUGCCUACGAUGGAUACCAGAGGCUUGCCAUGGAUGAUUUCAACGACAGUGAACCGAGAACAGAGCCACAGCCACCACAAGUGGAGGUGGAGGCUAACACACUGCCCGAAGAUGACGAAGACAUCGAUUUGACAACAGCACCAGUUACCCAUGGCGAUCCCAAUAUGCCGCCCAUUGAGUGUGCCGACAUUGAAAUCGAACGACAAGUGUGGAAUGAGCCUCGACCCCAAGAGCUGCAAAUGGAGCUGGAUAAGACGCGAACCGAACAGAUACUGAAAGCCAUGUCAACGAUUACGCUGCCAAACAUAACGGUGCCCGACUGGGCGAAGGGUGUGCCGGAGGAGCGAUGGAAACUGGAUCUGCUGGAGCGCAUAAACAGCCGCCAGCAGCCGAAGCCAGCGGCAACAGAAGAGGCGCCACAGCAUUCCAAAACGGCAGCCGACUAAAGUGUAUAAUAUUUAUUUAGAAAAAUCGUUCUCCAAUAUAUAAUUUAGACUUA